CUUUAAGGUCACUGCUGAGAUUGGUUUGUUGUUAUUGUGUGUAGUUAAGGUUUCUUUUAGUUUUGUGCACAACAAAUAAGGAUAUUGUUUUGGUUCUAUUGACUGAAGUUUGUCAUGCUGCUUUGGUAAUGGGUAUGCCUUCUCAUGUCAAGCAAAGUAUUAAGCAAGCUCAACUGGUACUCGAAUCAUUGAAACAGGAUCAUGAACAAGCUUUAUCUGCCUUAAGUACAUUUUGUAACUCAGAAAACAGUCAUUCAUCACCAAAUCUUAACACAAGUCUAGAAUGUGAGAAAGUCUUUAAUCAAGAGAAAAUUCCAAUAAUUCAAGCUGCACUAAAACAAAUCGAAAAGGGAUUAGACGACUCAGAGGUUUUUUCUGUAUAGAGUAGUUUCUAAAAAUAUUAAGGUUAUGAUUACAUUUGCCAAAUAUAUCGAACAUUUGGAAGCUGAGCUGUUGAAGGUACAGUUGCACAAUCAAAGGUUAACUGAAGAAACUUGUUGGCUUCGAGAUGAGCUAAAGUACACACAAACAAAACUGGAGGAAAACGAAUCGCUCCUUGCUCAAACUGAAGUCGAAAAAAAACAUCUUGAAUUUAUGUUGGAUUUAAAGAAAUAUGACAUAUCUUCCAACAGUUGUGAUACUGAAAAAAGUGAUCCGCCGAUGAUGGUUGCAUCUGUUCUCGGCCUAAUGAGUUCUCCAAACCAUUUGAACAUAUCUAAUCAUGUAGAUCGAUUCGAUACACACAACAAAUUUUGGAAACCGACUACAACAACAACUACCACUGUUUCAUCAUUUUCACCAUACAACCACUUAGAAAUGAGCGGAAUAAUGAAUACCAGUUUACUUGAUGCGGAUAUGGACUCACUGUCAGUAAAUCGAAGUCGCAAUCCAAGUGAAUUCCAUGGUUUAAGUGGACAUCGGAAUUCCCAGUCAAUUUAUGUUCCUCCUGGGCUUAGAACACUACAUCACAUAGCCUUACGUUAUACAAGUCAGGGAAAGCAUGAUGUUGCAGCAUCUUUAUGUUUACAAGCUAUUCGAGAUUUAGAAGGAUCUGGUGGUCGUGACCAAGCUGAGGUUGCUGCUCUACUGAAUAUCUUAGCUUUGGUUUACCGUGAUCAAGGAAAAUACAAGGACGCAUCUGAUAUUCUCAAAGAAGUAAUUAACAUACGAGAGAAACUUUUGGGACCUAACCAUGUGCUGGUAGCAGCUGCUUUAAACAAUUUGGCAGUUUUACAUGCUAAAGCUGGUCGAUUUACUGAAGCGGAACCGUUGUGUCGGCGGGCGCUUAGUAUACGAGAAAAAUUAUUAGGUGCAGAUCAUUUGGAUGUAGCAAAACAAUUGAACAAUUUGGCCUUACUUUGUCAAAGUCAAGGGAAAUUCGAUGAAGUCGAAUCUGCAUUUCGACGAGCCUUAGAUAUAUAUGUCAAACAUCAUAAGCCCUCAUCACCUAUCAUACGAAAAGCCAAAAGCAAUUUGGCUUCUGCAUUAUUGAAACGUCGAAAUUUAGCAGAUGCAGAAUCUCUGUUAAAAUCAGUUUUAACACCAGACCAUGGUUAUACCUCAACACAACAAAGAAGUCAUUUAAUGAAUAAUUUUUUACAAUCGGAAAAUGUUGAACAUGAUUCUGCUAUUUAUUCAUUAUCUUCACUAGGUAGUAGUCAUAUAAGUAGUAUUAGUAGUAAUGGUGGUUAUCGUGGUGUUGGAUCUUUGUUGGAUGGUGGUGUUGUUUUACCAUGUGAUUCAACUGAACAAUCUAUGAUAAUGAAUUCAUCUAGUCGACCAGUUAAUCCAUUAUGGGUAAUAUUAGAACAAAGUAUCAAAGAUAAUAAUAAUCGAAAAUUUUCACUUGUUACAUGGGCUUCGGAAGCCAGAAUCGAACUAUCUGUGGUUCAUAGUGCAGUACGUAAUUUAGCUAUAGUUUAUCAACGUCAAGGUUUACAAUCUCAUGCUAACUUAUUGCUUGAGUGGCUUCAAAUGGCAAUUACUGAUUGUAGACCACGUUUAAAUCAUACGUCUUCAUUGGCCAGUUCACCGAUAAAAUGCACACAAUCAGUUCAUGGUAUCAACUCACAUAACCAAGAAGAUCAAUGAAUUUAUUUCUAAUUACUUCAAGCUGAAGUUGGAAAAAGAAGACAGUUUUUAGAAACUUCAAUCAAAAUGAUUCGAAGUGAAUGGUAUUCAAUAGCUAACUAUAUAAUAAUAAUAAUCAUAAUCAUAAUUUGGAAAUAUGUAAUCCCUUUUAACAACAAAAUAUCUUCUAUUGGAGCUUCCUAUCUAUUCUACUCACUUUUCUUUCUUACAAUCACCAUUUAUCAAUGAAUAAACAGUAAUGAUGAAUAAACUAAAUUUCAUUCAAGUUUUAUGAUCUUUCAUUUUUCAAUGGUAUAUACAUAUUCAAUGUGUUCAAUUCGAUAUUGUUUUACUGCAUUUAUUUAUGUUGUUUUAAUUGUUUAUUAUAUUUCUUCUAUUGUAUUGUUUUGUAUAUUAUAUGAUUAUUAUUUUAUUAUUUUAUCAAAUAUUACUAUUCAAUUUAUGUUUGCAUUUAUGUUGUGUAAGUGUGUGUGUGCGUUUUGCUUGUUUGUUUGUUUUCUUGUUUCAUCGAUUUAUUUUUCAUUCUGUUGUUAGUAUUAUGUAACCAUUUGGUUUGAAUGAAUGGGAAACACUUGUCAAUCAUAUACUACUUGUUUAUUUAUUUUAUUCAGUAAUCAUUUUCAUAUUUUUCGAUAAAAUAAGUUUGACUUGACUUCAUUAUGUUUGUGAAUAUUGUCUUAUUAUUUCUGUGUUUCUUUUUUUUAAUCUUUUUUUUUCAAUUUAGUUCAUUUCUUAGUCUUUAAUUGUAAGUGACGUGUUUAUUUCCCUGUGAAUGUAUGAAUAUAUUCAGUUAUAUUUCGGUUCAUCAGUUAAAUAUUCUAUCUGAAUGGUAAUGUAACUAACGAUCGUCUCGGACUUACUUAAUAUUAAAAUUCAGUUUACCACAAUGUUAUAACAUUUUAUAAGAUGGAUGCUAUGGAAUUUACUGACAAAAUCAUUACUAUAUACUUGAGAAAAAGAUAUUCAAUGCCACUCAGUUAUCGAUUAGUACAAUAUCUCUUUUCUUAUGAUUUAAUAGUCUUCCUGUUUAUCAUAGUGAUUAAUUUCAUGGGUAAACAGAAUACUGUGUCUAUCUGGCUGUGUAUUUCACUUGUUGAUAAGGAUUAGCUGUGGUAAUAUUCAAAUCCACACUACAUAUUACAUCAUAUAUUGCAACGUAGAAACAUUUAGUUAGUACAUCUUAAGCUGGGUGAUAAUAAACACACUACCGAAUAGUGAUAUAACAUUUAUGUCAUAAAACACCAAACUAAUAAAAAAUAAAGUGAAUAUUCGGAAUAUACUUUAUUACGAAUGACUCUCUAGUACAUUAAAGUUUAU